AUGGAUCCACAGACAAAAACAUCUGUUGAUGAAACAGGGCUGGCUUUCUCUGCUGCCUGCCUGGGCUUUGCCAAAGCAGUAAAACUGCUGGCAAUCCCCAUGGAUGGCAGCCACUGGCUCAGCAUACAUGAAGUGGUCCAGGAGAUCAGUCUGGGAGGCCACGAAAGUGUCAUGCUAGCACCAGAGUUGUCCAUGCACAUCAGAGAAGGGCCAUUCUACACUUUGAAAACCUUUCCAGUCACUUUCAGCAAGGACCAGUUUCAUAAUAAGCAGAAAAAUCCUCAUUUGCCCUUUGAAAAAGCACGUUUCCUGAAACAGUUCUUUGAUAUGGCUGGGGCCAUGAAGGUUUUUGCUGCCAGGCAUUUUGGCUUUUGUACUGACUUAGUAUUUAAUAAGAAACUGAUGAAAUCCCUGGACCAGGCCCACUAUGAUGCUGUUUUAACUGAUCCUGUGGUUCCUUGCGGAUCUAUUCUGGCUCAGUGUCUCUCCAUUCCAGCUGUGUAUUUCUUCCAGGGAAUCCCAUGUGAUUUCACAGCUGAAGGCACUCAAAUUCCGAGGAUGUUCACUGAGAACACUAACCACAUGACCUUCCUGCAGCGGGUGAAGAAUAUUUUGUAUACUUUGCCCCAGUCUGUGGCAUGCCAUCUGUUUUUUUCAUCUUUUGCACGAUUGGCUUCAGAACUCCUGCAGAGAGACAUGAGAACAGUGGAUGUUCUGAGCCAUGGAUCUGUGUGGUUUAUGAGGUCAGACUUUCUGCUGGAUUACCCCAGGCCAAUCAUGCUAAACAUCAUCUUCAUUGGAGGCAGGAACUGUGCCAAUCCCAAGCAGCUCCCACAGGAAUUUGAAGCCUAUGUGAAUGCUUCCGGGGAACAUGGAGUUGUGGUCUUCUCCCUGGGCUCUAUGGUCUCAGAAAUCCCAAUGACCAAACCCAUGGAAAUCGCUGAAGCUUUGGGAACAAUACAUCAGACAGUAUUGUGGUGGUACACUGGAACCCCACCUUCUAAUCUAGCCAAGAACACCAAACUUGUGAAAUGGCUUCCACAGAAUGAUCUGCUUGCUCACCCAAAGACUCCGGCAUUCCUCACUCAUGUUGGCUGUCAUUGUGUCUAUGAAGGGCUCUGUAAUGGAGUGCCAAUGGUGUUGAUGCUUUUCUUUGGAGAUCAGAUGGACAAUGCUAAACGCAUGGAGUCAAGAGGGGCAGGAGUGACCCUGAACGUCCUUGAAAUGACAUCUGAUGUUCUCAGCAAGGCACUGAAGAAGGUUAUCAAUGAUAAAAGGUAA